UAAGAUACACGGAGCCAUGUUUUUCGCCCUCCUGGUUUUCACCCUAGCCGCCGUCAGCUGGGCACAGGUGCCAACACCCUGUCAGUCGCCGAAGCAGUUUGAAUGCAGGCGAUUUAAGACUGACCGUUACAAGGAGUUUGCGGAGUACGAAGGCUACGCGUAUGACGAGACGAACAAACGCACGCGCAGUAUCGAGGAGAUCGAAGCUGGCCGCGAGCGUGAAAUCUAUGACAUCCUUCGCCUCUACAACAGUAAUCAAGAAUACAGGGUAAACCUGCGAACAAAGCAAUGUAACAUGACGACGAUCGAUCACCCGUUCCGCAUGAAGGGCGUACCCCCUGGAUCAAAGUUCCUGUUUGAGAGCGUGUUAGGGGCCGCCGGAAUCCCCGGGGAAUUCAUCACGGCACAAACUUUUUCCGGAGCAUUCGAGGACGGUGCGCAGUACGUGGUCACCGUGACGACCCCGGACUGUGUGCCUAUCAUCUUCAACAUCGAGAGCAACAAGACAGACGAGCACUAUGAAGACCGAUUCUUCGACCUGAAGCUUGGAAUCGCAGAUCCGGAUGCGUUCUUGCCGCCCAGCGAGUGUUCGAAGGAGGACAUAUAAACAGGAUCAGUCCAUUUAGUGUGCUUGAUUAUAAUUAUAAUAAAGCCUACAUUAUACACUUG